AUGGAUAGUGUGGUUGAUUCUCUGAAUUGCGCCUACCAAGAUUUUGUUGCUGCAGCAGCAACUGUUCUUGAAGCCAAAGAAAGUGCAACCCCAAAUAAAACAGCAGCAACCGAUACCGCACUUGAAAGCUUUAAGCAAAAGUGGGAAUUGUUUAGAGUGGCAUGUGAUCAAGCUGAGGAGUAUGUGGAAUCUGUGAAGCAAAGAAUUGGAUCAGAGUGUUUAGUAGACGAGGCUACGGGGCAUGUCGCAGGAAAGGCUGGACAAGCUACCGUGACUAGUCUUCCGCCGAUCAGCGCGGUUCGCUUGGAACAGAUGAGUAAAGCCGUUCGUUGGCUUGUGAUUGAACUGCAGCAUGGCUCUGGAGCUGGUUCUUCUAGUUCAGCUCUUUCGCAUUCCUCAGCCCCUUUUGAUGCCAGGUUUUCUGAAGAUGCUGCUCAGUAG